AUGGACAACGCUGUGCGAGAAGACAGAGGGGGAACAGUAUUGAGAAACAGUUGUAGGAAACAUUUUAUGUUGAUCGUUUUACUACUUCUCAUCUUGCUUGGAUUGAUGUUGGGAUUACUUAUUCUUUACCAGACGAACACGCAAGCGAUGAACAACAUUCAAAGUGCAUUUGAUGAGGGGCAAACAAAGUUGGAUGUGUUGAAAACUACUAUAAAUCGUAUGAAAUCUGUUGUGAAUUCUUUUUCCACAGAUAUAUACAUUGCCGAUGAUGGAAGUAUAUUUGGGAUUGAGAUAAGUCCUGGUAGAACGAUGAUGUAUAACGCAACUGAUGCUAAAUGUACAAAACAUAAUAUGGUCGUUGCUAAUAUAAAAAACGAACAAGAAUAUGAUGUAAUUGUAAAGAUUUUACGAGCAAGGAUACCGAAAGGAAAGUUCAAUACAGGCGAAACUACACCAGAAUACGUAUUUACAAAAGGGCUUGCAGAUUUUCCUAGAGAGUCACUGAAUUCUUUUCCGUGGUUCUUCGAAAAUAUAGUUCUUGUUGUUGAUCUUUAUUCAGUAAUACUGACAGGAAUGCGACAUAUGCCUCGUGAUUCUCCGUCUGACGGCGUCUUAUGCCGAAGUGGAAUUACUUCUAACAAUGCCUCGUAG